AUGGUGGAUUACGGUGGGAAUGAAUGUGAUAAUGUUUUAAGUGGAAAGAGUCAAUUUGUUUAUCUUGUUUUCGUGCAUUUGUUGCUCAUCGGAUUGGAUGGAACUAAUGCACAGAAUCGAGCACCGCGUAUCAAAGAGCAUCCAUCGAACACAGUAUCCGGUCGCAGCGAGCCUGCGACCUUAAGAUGCGUGGUGGAAGGAAGACCCAAACCAAACGUGCAGUGGUUCAAAGAUGGGUCACCCUUGCCCCCGGCUGAAGACGGGCACAGGGUAUUGUUAGAAGAUGGUUUGUUAUUUCUUAGGGUUAAUCGUGGAAAAAAGGAAAGCGACGAAGGAGUCUAUUGGUGUGUUGCUAGAAAUAUAGCUGGGGAAGCAGUAAGUCAAAAUGCAUCUUUAAAUGUUGCUGUAUUACGAGACGAAUUCAGAGCCGAACCACGAGAUGUUCAGGUGGCAGCUGGUGAGCCAGCUAUGUUAGAAUGUGUACCACCAAGAGGUGUGCCUGAAGCAUCUGUACAUUGGUUAAAGGAUGGACAACCGUUUGAAGUUGAAGUGAAUGGCAGGAUUACGAUCACAGAAACAGGCAGCCUCAAAAUACUCGAGACACUACCAAAUGACAGUGGAGUGUUUCGUUGCAUAGCUUCAAACAUAGCAGGAGAAAGGCAGUCGAGAGCGGCUGCGCUAAUUGUAUUAAGACGACCACACUUUGUUACAAAACCCAGCAACAUAACAGCGCUUGUGGGACAAAAUGUUGAAUUUAACUGUCAGAGCUACGAUAAUAGCGUUAAAAUAACAUGGGCUAAAGAAGAUGAGGUUUUGCCGUCUCACGCGACUAUAAUCCGGGGACUAUUACGGUUGGAACAGGUGUCCGCAUCCGACGCGGGUGUCUAUUCUUGCCGUGCCGAUAGCCAUACUGGCACCAGCAUCACCAGUGCCACUUUAACUGUUUAUUCCUUACCGCACUUCACACAGAUACCAUCCAAUUUAACCGCUUGGGAGGGAGACGUGGUCUCCAUUCCGUGCGAAGCGAAAGGCCUACCGACACCUACAACGUUUUGGAUUUUAGAGGGAAUCGAGGAUAAUCUAUUGUUCCCGGAAUGCACCAAGAGCAAUUCCAGUUUAUUGUAUUUAGAUGGAGUGACUGUGGAGCACAGUGGGAGGGUUAUUUGCGUGGCGGUAAAUGCGGCCGGUAGUGUUAUGCAAGAGGCAUAUCUGAACGUUUUAAGAAAAGGCAACGCAUUAAAGCAUUCUUCAGGUGAUGAGUUCGGCCUGAGUUACGAACAACAGAUCCGCAUGACAGAUUAUGAGUUCAUUCAGGCGAGGAAGUACUUGCAGCAGAAUGUUUUAGUACUGAAGAGGGUGGAAACUUUGUCGUCGACUUCGUUGAAAGUCGUGUGGGAUGUGUUAACGGAUUAUAAUGAGUAUUUGGAAGGGGUGAAGAUUUGGUUCAAUGGGACGACUUUGAACUGGCGGAAUAGUACUGAAGAUGUUGUAGUGCCUCAAGUGGAUUCAUGUUCAAAUGGGUCACUCAUACAUGUCGAUAAUAGUGGCUCCUCGUCUUAUAUUUUGUCUGGAUUGAAACCGUAUAUGCAGUAUGAUGUGUUCUUGAUGCCAUUUUAUAAAAUGUUACUCGGGAAACCAUCGAAUUCUAUGACUGGUUUCACUGACGAAGAUGUGCCAUCGCUCCCACCCCUUAGUGUUACGGCGGGGGUAAUAAACGCCACGUCGGCGUGGAUACGAUGGGAACCCCCACCUGCAGACACGUGGAAUGGAGAACUGACGGGUUAUUUGAUCGAAAUCCGCGUUGGAGGCGGUACCAAUGGCCGGGUGGUAGGUCAAAUGUCGCUCGGGGCUAGGACACGGGCAGCUGCCGCCAGCUCCUUACGAACGGGAGGAAGGUAUAGCGCCCGUGCAGCCGCUGUCACUAAACGGGGCCACGGACCUUUUAGUACGCCCGCGCAAAUACACAUGCUACCGACACAGUCGCAGAGGCAUUAUGUGCAGACAGAACCACCUCACGAUUCUUCGAUUCCCCACAUAUUUCAUGAAACGUGGUUGUUGGCGCUUGGUCUGACAUUAUUCUCUGUGAUUGUUAUCGGCAUUGUCAGCAUUUACUACAUACGACGGCGAAAUGGCAUUCAGAGGAAAAAAGCUACCGGUCAACCGAUCGUUACAGCGCAGUGCUUAUUGAAUAAGGAUACGAUCUGGCUCCGAGAUCGGCCGGUAUUCGCUCCUCCUGACCCCUCGCUAGACGUCAACAGCUGUCAUCAAAGCUUGCUGCAGUCCGGUCAAUCAAGCAUACUGAACGUAGAACCAGAAUAUUGUCUGCCUCAGAAUUCUAUUCAAGGCCUAGAUGCAUCGAGUGUAGACAGAAUGAAACGCCCGGAGCCGUACGCUUCGAGUGCUAUUUACACUGAACUCAAUUUCAAGGAUGGCAAUGACAGCGGUGAAGCUAACUGUCCAGAAAGACGGUCGCACAAUAACAGCAUCGUGCGCUCUUGCAACGGCAGUAUUCAGUACUCAAACGAAUGCUCAACCUGCCACAGUUCCUCCAGCAGGUCCACUAACUACAGAGACUUUAGGGAAUAUAAAGAAUUCAAGCCCGAGGAAGACGACGCAGCCACGAACCGAUCGGGAUCGCGAAGCCGCCAGGACAAAAGCAAAGUGUGUCCGAAUGAUUUAGAAUACGAUUACCCGCAGUGGCACUGGCUGGGACGGGAGAAUAGUUUCAAAAUUCCCAUACAGAGACACUCAACCGGCCGCUCCGAACAGGGCUGUCAAAUAAAUCUGUGUGAUAUAUUGCCGCCGCCCCCGUACGAGAGUCCAGAGAAUAAAAGUCAUCUAAAAUAG